GGGCGUGCAGUGGCCGCAGGGACGGAAGCCGGGAGGCGCCGCCGACCGCGCUUGCGACAGCGUCAGCUCUGCGCGGAGCGCCGGCCCAUGGCGGCGGCGGCGGCGAUGGCAGAGCAGGAGGGUGCCCGCAACGGCGCCCGCAACCGCGGUGGCGUCCAGCGCGUGGAGGGCAAGCUGCGUGCCAGCGUCGAGAAGGGCGACUACUACGAGGCGCACCAGAUGUACCGGACCCUCUUCUUCAGAUACAUGUCCCAAAGCAAACAUGCAGAGGCCCGGGAGCUCAUGUACUCAGGAGCAUUGCUCUUCUUUAGUCAUGGCCAGCAGAACAGUGCGGCUGAUUUGUCCAUGCUGGUCCUUGAAUCCCUGGAGAAGGCAGAGGUGGACGUAGCUGAUGAGCUAUUGGAAAAUCUGGCUAAAGUGUUCAGUUUGAUGGAUCCAAACUCCCCUGAGCGAGUAGCUUUUGUGUCCAGAGCCCUGAAGUGGUCCAGUGGAGGGUCUGGGAAGCUGGGCCAUCCUCGGCUCCACCAGCUGCUGGCCCUAACGCUUUGGAAAGAACAAAACUACUGUGAGUCUCGCUAUCACUUCCUGCACUCCACUGACGGUGAGGGCUGCGCCAACAUGCUGGUUGAGUACUCCACCGCCCGAGGCUUCAGAAGUGAAGUGGACAUGUUCGUGGCCCAGGCUGUGCUACAGUUUCUCUGUUUGAAAAACAAGAACAGUGCACUGGUGGUCUUUACAACGUACACACAGAAGCACCCAUCCAUUGAGGAUGGGCCACCCUUCGUUCAGCCCCUGCUCAAUUUCAUCUGGUUUCUGCUGCUGGCUGUGGACGGUGGCAAGCUGGCUGUGUUCACAGUGCUGUGCGAGCAGUAUCAGCCGUCCCUGCGGAGAGACCCCAUGUACAACGAGUACCUCGACAGGAUUGGACAGCUUUUCUUCGGUGUGCCGCCAAAGCAGACAUCCUCCUAUGGAGGCUUGCUAGGGAACUUGCUGAGCAGCCUCAUGGGCUCCUCAGAGCAGGAGGAGGGGGAAGAGAGCCAGGAUGACAGCAGCCCCAUCGAGCUGGACUGAAGCUGCCUGGCCAGCAUGGAGAUGCCCAUGACCGGCACCACUGGGAUGGAUUCAGUGCCAGGCUGGGAACGAGGCCCCUUACCAGUAGUGGGCUUCUGCUCCGCAGUUGGAGGGGCCACCUGUGCAGAGUCUGUCCCUAUUUAUGUAUGGUGGCUGAGGGCUGUGUGGCCAGGACCAAGAGCAAGGCCCAGCUCCUGCUGGCCAACCGUGUUCCUUCAGAUCACCCACAAUAAAGCGCAGGCCUUGCUGCAGCACCCCGCUGCCAUCCUUGUCUCUGGUUCCUUGGGGAGGGCUGCAGGGUGACAGGCAGCCUGGCGUCAGCGACUGGUAUCCCUUCUUCUGUGUCCAGUGCAGCCGUGGCAUACUGGAGGAAUGGUGGCCACUGCUGUGAGCCAGGCAGAUCCUGAGUCCUGAGGAUGAGAUCGGGUUUCUUGUUUGUUUGAAUUUUGUUUGGACACAGAGUCGUUUUGCAAUCAUGGUGAGCUUCCCAGAAUCAGAGCACAUGUGCUGUGGUGGGCAGACUCCUUGGAGGUCGCAAGCAGCUGGCCAGGGCCAUGUCCCGUGAUCUGUAGGGCUUUGGCCCCUGCUGUAGUCUGUGGGCUUGUCUAUUCAAGCCACAGCCCUGCUGGUCCCCAUGAGCCCCACACUGCUGCUCUGGAGAUGUUUUUAAAGGGUGCCGUAGAUUUCCAUGUCCUUCAUGUUGCAGUAUUUAUUUUUACUGGGUGAGGGAUUUUUCAACCUGAUGUUUUAGGACUUAACCAAAUAACCAGUCCAGGAAUGAGCAACCCCAUCCAUUACCACAGAUAAUAUCCACGCUACCAAUCUGAUUAUAAAGGGAGACACUUUAUUUUUUCACAAUUAAAAUAGAGUUGUAGAUUAAUACAUCUCUAUCUUGCAUGGGAAGGAGGGAAAUAUGCGUUAUUUACUGUAAAAAAUGGAAUUUAAAGGAAGGCUUGUGUCACCUGUUGACUAUAAAUAAAUCCUUUCUACUGGGC